AUGUCUAAUGCCGCAUAUACAACCACCGAUGUCUCACAAGUACGUUCAAAUGGCGUUAACGAUGCUUCGUUUCAACAACAGCCUCCUUUAAGUAUUCGUGAGAAAAUUGUGAAUAUAUUUGAAAAUUUGGAAAUAACGAAAGAUGAAUUACGUAUUUGUCAAAGUCAGCUCGACAAAGAAUCAACAGCUCGUAUUGAGGCCGAAACAGAAGGUAGUCACUUACUUCGACAAAUGCAAUUGAUCGAAGUUAAUCUUGAUAAUACAACGUCGAAAGUUGCACAAGUAACCACACAAUUGUUAGAUGUUGUCAAAGUAACAGAAGCAUCCAGACAUGCAUGCAAUAAUUUGGAAAAUAAACUGACAAUGGUUAAAAGUAAAGAAAUUGAGUUACAAGACGAUCUCCGUCGGGCUAAAGAAUGUAGUAUCGAAACCGAUAAACGAUUUCAAGAGGCAUCGAAGAAAAUGAUGAAUAUACAAGAACGUCUAGAACAUGCCGAAAAUCGAGCGACAUUAGCUGAUCAACGUAUCGUUUUAUUAGAACAAGAAAUUCGACACGCCUAUGUCGAAAUGAAAGCACUGACUUUAACAGAAGAAAAAUCUCAACAGAGGGAAGAAGAAUAUCGAAAAAUUGUUGCCGAACGUCAGUCAAGAUUAAAGGAGGCACAACAGCGUACGGAUGAAAGUGAAUUUGAAGUUGGAAAAUUACAACAGACAGUAGAUAAAUUAAAAGAAAAACUUGUUGAUGAACGUACAAAAUAUCGUCAGUUACACAAAAUGAUGUUAGCAUCUUCGGCAUAG